GGGUGAAGAGGGGGUCGAUGGUGCUGUGGCGGCGUGACUCGAGUCUCUCAGUGCGCGACACAGCGCCGUCCCGGAGUGAGUGACUCGACCCGCAGCUGGCCCGGCUGACCGCUCGCCGACUGACAGUGCUGUCCCCAGGAGUCGCCCUGCAGCCCGAGACUCGUCGUCGAUCCACGAAGACACCAGGAAACGGCCGACCUUAGCAUAGCGCUGCAGCGAUGGGUACCAGCGAGAAGAACGGCAGGGCGGGCGGCGGCAACUCGCUGCGUCCGCCCAACGCCAGCUACAAGGCCGUGGCGCAGGGCGAGGCGCAGAAUCCCGAGGAGGAGAACUGCGGAUUCUUCUGUCUCCAACCAAGAUGGAUGCGUCCUCUGGCAAAUCGGCUCACCUACCUACUGGUGUACUGCUCGUGCGGCCUGAUCCAGGGCAUGUGGUACACCUACUUCGUCUCCAUCCUGACCACAGUCGAGAAGACGUUCAAGUUCCCCAGCAGCGUGACAGGUAUCGUUUUGGCCGGUAACGAUGUGGCACAGGUGUUUUUCGCCGUGCUCAUCUCGUACUACGGCGGCCGGGGCAACCGUCCGCGCUGGGUGGGCGCCGGCAUGCUGAUGAACGCUGUCGGCUGCCUGCUCUCGGCACUUCCACAGUUUGUGUGGGGACCGGACCCGGAUGACAUCGCUGCCGCCAUGGCCGGCUCGCUGUCGGGCAACCUCAGCAGCGCCGCGGCGCGGGACGUGGACGCGUCGCUGUGCCACCUGGACGAGUACGCCAAGGCGGCGCCCACCUCGGACCCCAGCCAGUGCGACACGGGGGACGUCUCGCUGGUGCCGGUCAUCCUGCUCUUCCUGUCGCAGUUCGUCUCGGGCAUCGGCGCCACGGCCUACUACACGCUCGGCCUGACCUACCUGGACGACAGCGUCGACAAGAAACAGUCGCCCGUCAUGUUCGCCAUCUCCGCCGGCCUGCGCGUCAUGGGACCCAUGCUCGGUUUCAUGCUGGGCUCGUUCUCGCUCAGCAAGUUCGUCAUCCCCAGCCUGAAGCCGACCAUCUCGCAGCGGGACCCGCGCUGGAUCGGAGCCUGGUGGCUCGGUUUCUUCGUGCUGGCCGGCCUGCUGCUGGCGGUGUCGAUGCUGAUGUGCCUGUUCCCGAAGCGGCUGCCGUCGUCGAAGGCGCCGGACAGUUCCUCUGACUCGGCCACCACCGAGGAGACGGAGGAGGUGAUGAUGGACAAGCUGAUGGGCAGCAUGAGCGAGCUGCAUACAGGCGCCCGGCCGGCCGAGCAGCUGGGCGGCCUCCGGGAGGCGCUCUUCAGGCUCUUCAAGAACCCGCUGCUGAUGGUCAUGCUGUUGAACGUGGUGUUCGCAGUCAUCGGCUUCAUCGGCUACUUCACCUUCAUGCCCAAGUACCAGCAGGCGGCCUUCAAACAGAGCGCGGCCAAAGCCAGUCUGUUCUCAGGUCUGUCUGGCGUGCUGGUCACCCUGGCCGGCUACAUCGGCUCCGGCAUCCUCAUCAAGCUGCUGCGACCGCGCGCCGUGUUCGUCACCGGCUACAGCGCGCUCGUCAGCGGCGUGCAGACGUGCUGCAUGUUCGCGCUGAUGGCCGUCCGAUGCCCGGAGGCGCCCAUGCACGGCACCCUCGGCGACGCUGGACAGUUCAUGCUGACCGCCGACUGUAACGCUGGCUGUGGCUGCAACGCCAACGCGAUGGCACCCGUCUGCUCGCAAGACGGCAUGGCCAACUUCUUCAGCCCGUGUCUGGCCGGCUGUCAGACCUUCAGCACCAUAAACGGCACCACUACAUAUGGCAACUGUAGCUGCAUCGUGGAGGUGGAGGGCAAGAGCGCGCCAGGCGCCGGCACCAUCUUCCAGCACGCGGCGAGCGCCGUCAGCGGCCUCUGCGACAUUCCGUGCGACUCGCAGUUCGUCACCUACAUGAUCAUCCUCGCAGUGAUGAAGUUUGUCGGCUCGACCAACCGUACUGGCGGCAUGCUGGUCUUCUUCAGGUCCGUUGCCGACGCCGACAAGUCCCUGGCCAUUGGCCUGGCCACGGCACUCAUGUCCGUGUUCGCCUUCAUCCCGGCGCCCAUCCUGUUCGGCGCCGUGGUCGACCAGACGUGUCUGGUCUGGGAGGAGAAGGCGUGUGGCGGCAAGGGCAACUGCCUCUACUACGACACCGACAAGCUGCGAGUCUACCUGCACACCGCAGUCAUUAUUCCAUUCGCCAUCAGUUUCCUUCUGGACAUGGUGGUGAUCUACCUCAGCCGAAACCUGAAGCUGUACGGAGAUGACGAGGACACUCCUGCCACUAAGAAGGGCCAGAAGAAGCAGAACAACGGCACCAUGGACAUGCCCAUGUAGCCCGGCGCAGGCUGUAAGGCCACAUGUCCGUAUACCGCACCAUCUGCGCGCCAGUGUGCGCGCGAGAAUGUUGGUGCCUGUUUGCACGUCUGUGACCUAGUGGGCGUUUCGGUCAUGUAUGUCACCCCAGCCUCCGUAUCAUUGAGGGCUGACCAGCGGAUUCCUUUGGCGUAUGUAAGCUUUGUAAUAGCUGGGACAGCUUCAGUAUUUUCGGAGAGCUGCCGAGACCCGCCGGUCGCUGAAGACUACCCGAGCCGCCCUUCUGACAAUACGAACUAGGUCAGCAAUGAGGUGGAAGCGAUGACUGUGCCAUACCAUAGCUCGCGCCGGCCAGCAACCCACUGCAGGUGCCCGACGCUUAGUUCACUACCUGUACAUGUGCAGUUAUCAUAGUUUAUCACCUGUGCAAAUGUUGACGGCGAGAAUGUUGUUGAAUGACGUACCCAGCAGGACGCAUAUAUGAACUGUUGUCGAUACUCGAGCAUGAAGAAGCACGCGAACAACUGAAGUAACCAAUACCAUGGCGCACCGUGUGGAGACUGUAUGGCGCGAUAUCGUGGUGUUGACGUCGCCGCCCGCCGGACGGGCGAUCGGUGGGUCACCCCGACUGGGUCAGGCCGGCCGUCUGAUCACAGUCAGUGAUCACAUACGCAGUACCUCGAGCGUACCUGUCCGUUACGCUGAACAGUUGCUCAAUAUCAGGACCAAUGAUUUGCGACGUGCACCGUAUGCACGUCCCCAGAAUGCAUCGAAUGAUUCGUGUUUUACCCGUGACAUGUGCUCAUGAUUAAACAGGGCCCAGGAGGUCAACAAAUGUAUUUAGAAACA